CGACCCCCUUGUCUUUUCCAGACCCCCUCCCGGCUCCCCAGCUCACCGUGUCCCCGCAGCUGCCUGUCUACGUAACUGGAGAAGCUGUGACCCUGACGUGCUCAGCCGGGGUGUCCACCAUGUCCGGGAUCCGGUUCUUCAGGAACGGCCAGGAAAUCCACUCCAAGGAAUUCCCCUCACAUCCGUACAGUUACACUGAGUCGAUUCCGCUGUCGGGGGUGUCUGGAUUGCGAGCCGGAGCGUACAUCUGUGAUUACUGGGAGAUAGAUUCUGGGCGAGCGAUCCCAUCAGCGAGGAGCCGACCCAUCUUCAUAGCAGUAACAGACCCUGACCCGGCUCCCCAGCUCACCGUGUCCCCGCAGCAGCCUGUCUACGUAACUGGAGAAGCUGUGACCCUGGCGUGCUCAGCUGGGGUGUCCACCGUGUCCGGGGUCCGGUUCUUCAGGAACGGCCAAAAAAUCCACUCCAAGGAAUUCCGCUCACCCCGGUACAGUUACUCUGAGUUGAUUCGACUGUCGGGGGUGUCUGGAUUGCGAGCUGGAGAGUACAGCUGUAAAUCCUGGAAGACAGUGUCUGGGCGAGAAAUUGCAUCGAAGACGAGCCAACCCAUCUCCAUAGCACUGACAGAUCCCCCUCCCCAGCCUUCGCUGAGCAUGGAUCCCCCAUCCGGAGUGGUGAACGAAGGGCUCCCCCUGCUCAUCACCUGCACGGGCCCCAGGGAUGCUGGUCAGCGGAGGUUUCACUUCUACAAGGACAGUGUCAAGCUCAUUCCUGGGAAUGUGGAGUCUGAGAUCAGCACCACAGAGCCCAGCACCAGGUCUAUGAACAUCUCUCUGCUCAGCAUCCCGCAGGCUGGUCCUAACAACACCGGGGAAUUCACCUGCGGGUACGAGGAGAACGUGGGUGGAAGGUGGAUCCCAUCCCCCAGGAGCCACGCUGUGACUGUCACUGUGACAGCCUCACACUACACCCGUGAUAUUCUGUUGGGAACUGGUGGCGUCUUGCUUCUGGGUGGAGUCCUGGCUGCUCUCAUCUGCUACUGCCAUAGGAGGAAAAGAG